AUGUAUCACCAUCAUUCAUUGACGUUUAUUUUAUACUCGUGCUGGUUUGCAUCAUGUGCUACAAUAUUGGCCACGGAGUUUUCCUGUCAGACAUCUAGCACAUCCAAAGUGCUUCUGUCGAAUGGCCCACCUAUUUCAUUCAAUUCUCCCUAUGCUCAAACGCUCUCUGUGAAUUUUCUUUUUCAAUCGCCAUUUCAACUUGCUUCUGCUAUACAAGUCAGCGCAAUUAAUAUUUUCCCCCGUCAAAACAAUGUUUCCCUUACCAUUCGAGCUGCUCUGUACGAUGCUGCAUCGAUGCUUAUUGCACAGACACCUAUCAUCACUACAUCCACAGCUGAAUUUUCGAACACACAAUCUAACCCAUGGUCUCUACCACUGGAACGAUCCGUCAAUCUCGCAGUUGGAAUCAAUUACCAUGUCGCUUAUUGGUUUGCUAACUCCAGUAAUAAUGGUACUGGCGUUGUUGCACUGUAUGCAACGAGUCCAGCCAAUGCCACCUGGUUGAAACCAACGGCUGACUUCGUUGCAGUGAAUGGAUCAUUUCCUGCUCUUUUAUCGGCACCUCACACGUUCGGUUCUGGUCGAGCUGCUCCAUUCAUUGAGUUGAUUGGAAAACCAUGUCUGAACAAAAUUUCUGCUGCUACCAUACAUCUCGACAAUACGGUUCUUUCCAUACUACAAACUAUUCGAACAAAAUAUGGUGGAAUACCAGCUCUAGGCGCUUCAAUCAUACAAAUGCCCACAUCUGAUUCUUUCAAAGGUGUUCAACCGAUAAAAGAUACUGUUUGUCCUUUCAUUCCGGUAUCAACAGUAGUAUCAGGCGUACGACGUGCUGAUGCCAAAAUCCCAGAGCCGGUCACAGUGAAUGAUAAAUGGCAUCUGGGAUCGAAUACGAAAGCAAUGACAGCAAUGCUUGUUCAAAUAUUAAUACAAAAAGGUAGAUUAAGUCUUAACACUACCGUAGGAGAUAUUUUUCCAUACUUACCCUUUUCUUCAAUGACAACAACGCCAUCAUCAUCCGACUCUUGCGUUUGCGGCAAUCUUCAACAUACAAAUGGCUAUUUUAGUAAAUCUCCCUAUUCAUGCAAUUUGAAAAUUCAUACAUCAUGGAAAUACAUUACUAUCGCGCAUUUAUUAACUCAUACUUCGGGUUUAGAUUCUUUGGAUGCGUUGUUUACCGAACAAUACUUCAUCGAUUCUGUAGCACUCGAUACAAAUGGCUUUAACGAAUCGUGUACUAACUAUCCUAUACCUUCACGUCGUUAUCAUUUGAGUGUCAUGUUACCAGUGACGAUUCCUAACUCACCGCCAUCUAUCGAUGUUCCAGUGAAGUCUGCAUAUUCAAACAAUAAUUUCAUCCUACUGGGAUUAAUCUUAGAAGAAUUAUUGUCUUUGCCAUGGGAGAUAAUCAUUCAACAGCAAUUAUUCGAUCCAUUGGGAAUGAGCACAGCUGGAUUUCUAUCACCUAUUACUAAUGUAUCAUUGGAUGCUUAUGCUAUCCAACCGUUAGGUCAUUACAAAGAUCAUAAUAAUAUAAUUCGAAGCGUCGACAGUGAUCUUCCAAAAUCGUGGGCGCCGACUGGUUUAGUUCACGCUAGCCUCGGUGACUGGAGCAAAUUCAUUGCUUGUCAAUUGCAAGAAGGGCGUGAUCUAGCAGCACUAGGCUUUUCUCCUGCGAAUACCAAUUUUCUAAACAUAACAAAUUCACUAUACAUCUUCUCGCCAUCUGUGUGGCAAAGUAUCCAUGACAGAUACACUUUCCCAUCAGCAAAUUCAUCUGUUUCUUCGCACUCAUUAUCAGAAUUGAUAAAUGAAAAUGAUCAGAUUGGACUCUCUCUUAUGCACACGGGUAGCAACACCGUUUGGUAUGCUUACAUUGCCGCUUAUCCUCGACUAUCUCAGCCCAUGGCAGUUUUAGUGACAGCUAAUAUCGGUAUUGACGAUGUGGUUUGGGAAGCCAAAGCUGCUAUCAUUAAUCUGUACCUUGCUUGGCAAGAACAAGGCCAACCAGCUUCGACCAUUACAUCCACAGCUCCAUUGUCAGUCACAUUGAACAACUAUUUCGUUUUUAUCUUCACUUUUUUUACUUUUUUUCAUUAA